AGGAACUGAUUCGACUCUUGAGGGUGCCGAAGGGAGUCGAGAAAACUGAGUGGGAGUCGUUCUACUGGUGCCUGUGCUGCAACUUCAAAAGCUCUGGGGGUGGAGUUCCAUACGCUCAUUUGAAAUGUGCCUUCCAUUUGGAAAAUUUAAAGAUGAAAUCAGUGGUGAUUGAAUCGUUUCUGAGGGGAAGUGCCGAGAAAUCUUCGAGCGUAAAUUUUAAUCUGAAUGGAUUGAGAGAGCAGAAGGUGGAGAAGAGUUUAGUGAAGUCAUUGGAGACUUCUAGGGCUGAGAGAACUUCGUCGACUUCUUAUGGAUCUUCUGGAGAAAAAGCUGCUGUACCUUUAUCAUCACCAAAGAUUCUGACAAAUGUCGUCGUUGAUAGCAAGAAGAAAGAGGAGUCUAAAUCGGUUUUGAGGGAAAGUACCGAGAAAUCUUCGAGGAUAAACUUUAAUCUGAAUGGAUUGGGAGAGCAAAAGGUGGAGAAGAGUUUUGUGAAAUCAUUGGAGACUCCCAGUCCUCAGAGAACUUCGUCAUCUUCAUCCGGAUCUGGAGAAAAACCUGCUGCAUCUUUAUCAUCACCAGAAAUUUCGACAAAUCUCGUCGAUAGCAAGAAGAAAGAGGAGCAAUUGAUGAGGGAUUUAGAGAGGAUAUCCAAGAAGAAAUAUCCCAAAGUGAAGGCUCACCCCUUCGGCUCCAGGAUAACUGGACUUGGAGGAGAGGACAGUGAUCUAGACAUCUUCCUCGACUGCAGCACGAGUGAUUGUUCAGUCUACUCUGAGGAAAACUCCAGUUCCGAAGAGAUAUUAGAUCGUUUGGAGAAUAUCGGACAGUGUCUUCUAGAAGAUGUUGAGAACUGGCAGAUUUCUCGUGCGAUUCGAAGCUGUAGGAUUCCAAUUAUAAAGGUGACUCACAAGCCCACUGGGAUCAAGUGCGAUAUCUCGUUCACAAAUUGUCUCGGUGUGGAGAAUACCAAGAUGAUUAGAGCUUACUGCGAUAAAUAUCCUCUCUGUCGUGUGUUGAUUAUCUUCGUGAAGAAUUGGAUGAAGCAGUGUGCGCUCACUGGACAGGAUGGGUUCAACAGCUAUGGGAUCGUCUGGCUGGUGAUCUAUUUCCUCCAGGUGAAGAGGGUACUGCCGAGUGUCUCUGAGUUGAUCGACAGGGGGAAGCAGUCGAGGAUCAUUGCGGGCUGGGAGACUGGGGUCAGCAGUGAUUUCCAGUCUCGUGACAGUGGCGAGAGCUUCAAGGAACUUCUCAUUCAGUUCUUCAGGUUUUAUUCAGCUUUCGAUUAUCACAAUUACGUGAUUUGUCCGGUGGUGGGGAGGGCUGUUUGGAAAGGAGAUUUCGAGAGACCAGAGCUAUUACCGCACGCCAUGAAGCCUUAUCUGAAUUAUCUCAAAGUUAAUGAUUCUACACAGUUCAGGAUCAAUUCUGUUGUGUGCGUGCAGGAUCCUUUUGAUCUAGCACACAACGUAGCCAAAACUGUGAAGACGUACAUGCUUCGGGACUUUCGGGCACACUGUGCUCUUGGUGCACAACUCGUUAGUCGAUCUCAUUUUUUUCUAGGGGGGUGCAGGUACUAGGUUAAUUCCAUCUCAUUUUCAAGGGUUUUUUGAGGGUUUUUAAAAACAUUUAAUAACAUCUCCAUUGGCUCGCUUUUUUUUUGAAUAUUUUCGUAUACGAAAUUCUAUUAGAAUACUAUUAUUCUUCAAUAAUUUGAUCGGCUAAUGACCGCAGAGGCCAAUUACUAAAGAAUAAUUUAAAAAUUCGGUCGAAACAUUCUCCACAACAUUAGAAUUCUAUUGAAUUUCUAAUCUCUGGACAUGAACUUCCCAAUGGAAGACAAUAAAAGUGCAGUGAAAAUGAUUUCAUCGAAAAAACUGACGAAUUUGCUAGAAAAAUUCUAUUGGGUUUCUAUUGAACGUUUUAUUAGUUUUUGGAUAAUUCUAUUAAAAACUCUACAGCUUAUCUGCAUUUUUUUUUUCAAUAGAAUUUAUUAAUAGGAAAUACUCUCGAGACGAAAUCAAUAGGAUUAGAUUUUUCUCAACAACUUAUUCUUUUGAAAUAUUUACUAUAGAAAUUCCUCGCCCCAAAUGUUUCAUGUUUUUUGAUUGAUUUUUUAAUGAAAAGAGAAGAAAAACAGAAGAAAAAAGCUUAGGAAAAUUCAUCUCCAGAAAUUCCGACAUAAUGUCUGAGUAGAAGAAUUUGUUUAGAAAGAUGAAGUUCCACUGAUUUUUUCUAUAAAAUAGUUUCUAUUAAAAAUAUAACUUUUUAAUGGACUAAAAAUUAAUAGAAAUUUCAAUAGGAGUUCAAUACAAAUCCACUGGAAUUCGUUGAAUUCUGAACAAAAUCACGAUAUGACACUUCGUAUAAUGAAUUCGACUCUUCGCCAAGAAUUCUUCGUUUUGUUUCAAUUAUUUAUUUAUCCUGAAGUAGCUGAAGACCCCUAGGUCCUUCCACUCUUAUCUGAUCAUAUUAAAUUUCUCAUUUCAUUGUAGAUUAUUUUCUUAUUAUAUUCCUUUGAUUAUAUUCCUUUGAAGUCAGAGGAUUUUCUGAAUAUUGAUGAUCCAUAUGAGCUCAAAACUAAGGAUUAUAUUGAAGAUAUUUUUUCUACAAAUGAUGUAAUUUACUGUUGACUACAGGUUAUUACGAUUACUUAGCACGUUGUUGGUAGUAUAUAAUUACGAUUCACAGACGAAUUAUGAUGUUAUGGAUUGAAUAGCAAUAAUAUAAACCUGAGUAGGUGUUAUAUGUAUUAGUGCCUUGACAAUCAGCAAAAAUUAUUAUACAUUUUUUUGUAUAAAGGAGUUUAAUAAUGCAAUUGACAUGUCUCUUCCUCAAAUGAAAAUAUAUGAACAAACAAGUACAUUGUUCUCGGACCUCAACGUUCCAUUACGUUUAACACUAGUAAUGCGAUGACGAUGACAUGAAUGGAAUAUGAAUUUUGAUUUUUAUAUUAAAUAUAAGUUUUCGAAAAUA